UUUCUGUCUCUCAAUUCCUCAAAUACCCACAAAAUCAUAUAUUACGAUUCAAAUUUCUACUCCGCUUUGGUUUCGAUUUCGCAGUUCAAAAAUGGUUGAUUUAGAGUGGAAGGCAAAGACCGUCUCAUCCGCCAAAUCCCCCAACCUCUCCAACAAACUCCAAGUCUCCGUUCCGCCAUCCUUUCGUGCUGCCGAAAUAUCCGCCGCUAAUGCUGGCGUUUGCUCCUCUUACGAUAACUAUUUUCGCCUCCCGGAGCUUCGGAAGCUAUGGAGUUCUAAAGAGUUUCCGAGUUGGAAAAACGAAUCUGUUUUGAAACCGGCCUUGCAGGCUUUAGAGAUUUCGUUCCGGUUCGUCUCAACGUUUUUGUCGGAUCCGAGGCCGUAUACGAACCGGCGCGAGUGGAGGCGGAGGCUCGAGUCGCUCGCAACGUCUCAGAUAGAGAUCAUUGCCAAUCUCUGCGAGGAUGACGAACAAGACGGUGCGACACGUGGAACAGCUCCAAUCGUCGAUCUGAGGUCUUCGAGUGGCGUCUUGGCUCGCGAUGGGAGCUACGCCGAGGUGUGGAAGAUUCCAGGUGAGACGACCGUGGUGAGCCGUACCAGCGAGGCCAGCUUGCUUCCUCGGCUUGCCACGUGGCAUAAAUCAGAGCGCAUCGCGCAGAAGAUUCUCUACUCCAUCGAGUGCGAGAUGCACAAUUGUCCCUACACUCUCGGUUUGGGAGAGCCAAACCUCGCAAGUAAGCCGAACCUCGAGUACGAUCUGAUUUGCAAGCCGAGCGAACUCCACUCUCUAAAGAAGACUCCGUACGAACACAUCGACAACUACGAGAACCAGACGCUCUACACCACGCACCAAAUCCUGGAGUCGUGGAUCUACGUGUCGCAACAGCUCUUGAAGCGAAUCACAGAGCGAAUCGAAAACAAAGAUUUUGAAAGAGCCGCGAGCGAUUGCUAUCUGAUCGAACGGAUCUGGAAGCUUCUGGCCGAUAUCGAGGAUUUAAACCUCUUGAUGGACCCGGACGAUUUUCUCAGGCUCAAGAACCAAUUGAGCAUCAAGUCCUCCAACGAAGAGGGACCGUUUUGCUUCAGAUCGAAGGGGCUAGUGGAGAUCGCGAGGCAUUGCAAGGAUCUGAAGCACAAGGUGCCGUACAUUCUCGGCGUUGAGGUUGACCCCAUGGGUGGGCCCAGGGUCCAGGAGGCGGCGAUGAAGAUCUACAGAGAAAAGAAGAUGGAGCAGAUUCACCUGCUUCAGGCUUUGCAGUCUAUCGAGUCGGCUAUGAAGAGAUUCUUCUACGCGUACAAGCAACUGCUCGUGGUUGUGAUGGGGAGCUUGGAGGCGAGCGCGAACCGAGUCGUAGUGAGCUCAGAUUCGUGUGACCCGCUGAGUCGGAUCUUCCUUGAGCCGACAUAUUUCCCGAGUUUGGACGCGGCAAAGACGUUUUUGGGGGAUUUUUGGAACCAUGAACACGGUGGAGCGCGACUUGGAUAGAUGGACACUGGCUGAAGACCCAGCGAGUCUUAUUGGGCUUGACUCGAGAGUCAAAUUGUUUGACUCGUCGUGUUGCUAACCCGGGUUUUCAGAAAUCAAGGGGGAAGUGUUAGGUUUAGACACACAUGGGAAGUGAAAAGUUAAAUUAAUUCUUUGUACGGUUUUUGGCUUAAUUCUGAAUAUUUGAAUCCUUGGUGACUAAAAUUUUUCCAU